AUGUCGAUUACCAAAGCUGACGCUGACAUUGAGCUGCACGACAGCGACUCGCAGAAAGAUGUCGUGGGCUCGGCAAAGAAGGGAACGCCCAACGAUCAGAGGGACAUGCAUCGCAUGGGGAAGACGCAGGAGCUCCGGAGGAAUUUCCGAUUCGUAUCUAUCUUCGGAUACUCGAUGAUUUUGAUGGCAACAUGGGAGACCGUCCUUACCGGAGGACAAUACCAUUGGGUUUCGGAAUUUGCACCCAAGGAACAUCAGAAGUUCUUGAGCUAUGUAGUUGGCUGGCUGUGCGUUCUUGGUUGGCAGACAGGAAUCGCAUCCAUAGCGUUUUUGGCUGGCGGUCAGAUUCAAGGACUGAUUAUCCUCAACAAUCCAGCCUACGUCCCGGAGCGAUGGCACGGUACGCUACUCAUCAUUGCAGUAGCGAGCUUCUCGAUCGUCUUCAACACGCUCCUUGCGCGGAAGCUGCCCUUGGUAGAAGGCACGGUUCUCGUCCUGCACAUAUUUGGCUUCUUCGCCAUCUUCGUCACCAUGUGGGUUCUUGGACCACGGAACAAAGCCACCGAUGUCUUCGGCUCGUUCCAAGACAAUGCCGGUUGGGGCAGCGUCGGUCUGUCCUGCUUGGUUGGCCAACUUGCGCCAAUAUUCUCUUUGCUCGGAUCGGACGCUGCAACCCACAUGAGUGAGGAGCUGCGAGACGCUUCUCACACUCUUCCACGCGCGAUGAUCUGGACGGCUAUUGUCAACAGCUCUAUGGGCUUUCUCAUGCUCAUCACAUUUUGCUUUUGCUUGGGAGAUGUCGAUAGCGUUCUCCACACUGCAACAGGUCAGCCUCAUAUCCAGGCUAUGUUCAAUGCGACCCAGUCUGUCUCGGGAGCAACUGCACUCGCAUCAAUCACGACCAUCAUGGCAGUUUUCGGCUGUGUGAACAAUGUUGCAACAUGCUCACGUCAGCUCUUCGCUUUUGCGCGCGAUCACGGAGUACCGGGCGGUGCAUUCUUAUCGUAUGUUCGGCCAGGCUGGGACAUUCCACUUAACUCCGUCAUCGUGUCGUUCGCCGUCUCGAUCGCAUUGUCGAUGAUCAACCUCGGUUCGACCGUCGCAUUCAACUCCAUCGCAUCGCUCGGUACCUGCGCAUUACUUUCAUCCUACAUCAUCUCUAUAUCCUGCAUGUUCGUCAAGCGCUGGCGUAAUGAGCCUCUUCUGCCUUCGCAAUUUACUCUUGGAAGAUGGGGUAUCUGGAUCAACGGCAUCUCGGUAUUGUACCUGUCCGAUCUCAUGAAUUGGAACAUUCUGAUCUACGGUUUCGUGGUCAUUUUCUCCCUGGUGUAUUUCCUUGCGAAGGGGCGGAAGGUGUAUGAGGGGCCGGUGGAGUACAUUAAUCGCGAUUAUUAG